AAAAGCUGCCAGACUGGGAAAAUUUCAACAGCAGAAACUGCAGUACAAUCUCAUACUAGCCGAGAUGCCGGCGUGCAGACAGAUCAAAGUGAAGAUGCUGUCCAAGACUUCCAGCAAGAAGUCCAAGCAGAUUACGCUAGCCUUCUAUCAUUCCUUCAGAGAGUGGAGGAUGCUGUUAUCAAAGAGCUAAACAAAAACUGGCGAAGCCGUGCCUUUGAUGGCUUUGAAGUGAACUGGACAGAUCAGAAUGAAACAGUGUUGUGUUUGCAUACAUUGUCAUACCCAGAGGCUCAGGAUCAAAACCUACAGGUUACCAGCGUCUCAUGGAAUGCAACCGGAUCCGUUGUUGCAUGUUCGUAUGGUCGGUUGGAUGGUGGGGACUGGAGCACAGAAAAAUCCUAUGUCUGUACCUGGAACCUGGACAGAAGAGGGUUGAAUCCACAGCGCCCGGACCUACUGGUGGAUGUUCCCAGUUCUGUCAUGUGCCUGGCUUUCCACCCCUCCCAGCCUUCACUGAUAGCUGGUGGCCUGUUCAGUGGGGAGCUGGUGGUGUGGGAUACCAGCAGAACAGAAGACCCCGUGAUCUGGAGGACGGGGAUGACAGAUGACACUCACACUGAUCCAGUCUAUCAGGUUAACUGGUUACCCGACGCCAAGCGCAGAAACCACGCCCGGCUGUUGAGCGUGUCAACGGAUGGAAAGAUCCUGGUGUGGAAGGAGGAGCAAGAUGGGCGGCUGGCCUUGGCCGAAGGAUUCGCCUUGGUGGCUCAGCAGAUCCCUCGCAGCGCUCAGCUGAAGAAGUUCGCCUGGGGAGAGGCAGCUGUGGGUGUGACCUCACUCUCCUUUUCACACUUCGAUCCCCGCGUGUUUGUUGUCGGCGUGGAAGGUGGCUAUUCCGUGAAGUGCUCCACUGCAGCAGAGAAGCUGGCGCUCCAUCAGCCAGGCAGUUCGGUUCCCCUCAGGGCACCAGCGGAGCUUGCCUUCUCCCCGCACGGUGGGCCGGUGUACUCCGUGAGCUGCUCGCCCUUCCACAGGAACCUCUUUCUGAGCUGUGGGACUGAUGGACAAGUUCACUUGCACUCCAUGUUGCAGACACAACCCCUCAUUUCUCUUCAAUUAUCAAAGAAAUACCUCUUCUGUGUACGCUGGUCUCCAGUUCGACCACUGGUCUUUGCAGCUGUGUCUGGGGAAGGGGAUGUGCACCUGUUUGACUUUGAGAAGAGCUCGCAGAAGCCUGCCAUUUCCAUGAAGCAGGCCGUGGGCGAAUGCCCUGUGUACUGUUUAGAAUUUAACAUCAAGCAAACUCGGCUAUUGGCAGCAGGGGAUGCUACCGGUACAGUCAAAGUCUGGCAGCUGAGUUCUGACUUCACUGAGCAGGGACCCAGGGAAAUGAAUCAUCUGGAGCAGCUGGCAAACGAGAUCACGGACUAA